AUGUCUUCCAUUUCCCUAUAUGAAAGAGGCCUAGAUGACCUUGUGAAUGUGAACUCUCUCUUCACAAUUGCUGUCUUCAUCGGCUUAGCCUACUCCUCGCCUGACGAAGAGAGCCUCGACGAUAGGGCAGAAUGUCAGGCGGGUACCAGCAUCAAGAGGAGGCUGGUGAUAUACGAGGUUGUGUCGUUCAGUUUCUUCCUCCUAUCAAGCCUGGUGGCCAAGACACUCAAGAUGCAUAUUAAUAUCUUCAAGGAUGAGUUCAAGAGCAAGUUUUGCCGGGUUCUUCGAUGCGUUAUGUUGACGUUGGCCGCGCUGGGAUCGGUUGUUGGCUGCUUGUUUUUACUGCUUUCGAUGAUUCAUCUCAUUGAGGUUCGGUUAGGGAAGUUGUCUUGUGGGAGCCCUUCGUCAUGGAUUGCAGCGGGGACAUUGAUUACUGUGGUUUCUGUUGCUCUGCUGUUUUAUUUGCCUACUGUUGUAUAUGUUCUGUAUGUUGCAUGGAGCCAAAACUGA